CCCUCUCCCGGGGACCCCUUCCCCCACCAGCCCCACUCCCUGGAGCCUGUUACCGACACACCGCACCAGAAUCUCCCACUGAGGAAGACACACUCUGACCUCGACACAACCUUACCUGCAGACAACCGUUUGGGGCUGCCUGCCCCAGAUCACCUUCACCCAGAAACUAUGGACCAUUCUGGGCUGCUCUGCUCAAAUACACCCACCGCUUCCUGGAACGGACCCAAGGGUUCCACCUUUUCUCCUGGAGCGUGGAACGAGCCUUACAAUUACAGUAAGAACAAAGGACCAGCGGUACCACCCAAACAGCACAGUAUUAUCGGAGGAGGGACCCAGGAGGGGGUGAUGCUGGUGAGCUCAGGACAUUCAAGCUCAUUCAAGACUGUGACAGACCCUUCUCGGAGACCAUUGAAUAACAUGGACAUAGGGAAGCGGAGUGAGACAGAGGGGGCUGCAGUCGAUGGAGGAAGAGGGGGAGGAGGAGGGGAAGCAGUGCGAGGACGGGAGAGGUCGGCACGUUCCAUAGCAGCACAGAAUGCUUUCAAGUUUCGAGAGCGUUCCCUUUCCACACCCACAGAUUCUGGAUCUUUUUGUUUCACAGAGGGUGUUAUAGGCCAUCCGGAUGGUAAUAUAACAUCUACAGGAAAUGGGAAUACUAUGGACCACCAACAAGAGCAUCACAACUUCCUUGGCUUAGGUGAGAAUUAUGCCCUUCUCUACCCUAGAGGGAGCUCAGAGGACAGCGCAAGUACGACUGACACAAUCUCCGUCACAGCUUCAGACUACAGCACAGAAGGCCGUUUGCGCCUACGUUCCCGCUCCAUCUCCCUUAAAAAAUCCAAACGAAAGCCACCACCCCCUGUGAGGAGUGUCUCUCUUAUGAAAAACCUUGGAGAAGCUGAGGGCAGAAUACACCAUCAAGGUGGUCUUUACAGAGAUGGCCGACCAAAGAGCCUGCACAUCCCCAGGGAUCACUUCCCUGACUUUCAGCCAGAUUUCCUUCUGCCCAACUUGUCUAAAACCAGUAUUGGUGAGCGAGAGCCAGGCCAAGGAGGGAAUGACAGACCUCCAAGUCUAGAGGUUCAGGCCCCAGAGAGGGAGGGGGAGACAGAAAUUACUUUUCCCACGCACUGGCAGCUAGGGGAGUGGAAGAGCAAUGAUCCAUACAGGUCUCUGUCAGGCUCGAGCACAGCAACAGGUACCACAGUGAUCGAAUGUAUGAAAGUCAGAGGUAGCUCAGAGUCCCUUCUUGACUCUCCCUCCACCUCGAGAGCCACAUCACCCUCACAGCUUUCCAUGGAGACUGACAUCAAGGCAUCAUCCCCCUUCAAACCUCCAGGACUUAUGUCCCCAUCAAGUGGCUAUUCCAGCCAGUCAGAGACUCCCACCCCAACUGUUCCACUCAGUCAUCUGGCAGGUCAGGGGACUGUGGGUACAACAGGUACAACAGGUUGUAAGAUGCGCCCCAAAAUCCCAGAGAGGAAAUCAUCUCUACCAUCACCCAAGGAUCCAGCUGCUAGGUCUAGACUGUCCUUUGAAAUGCCUGGGAAUGCACAUCUGGAGCUUUCGUCCAUCAAGCCAAAACAAAAGGCCAGCCGGCGGCAUUCUGACACUUCGACAGCAGCAAAGCCAGGAAAGAUCAGCCCGAGUUCCUCACAGGCACUGCCUAUGGUUACCCAGAAUGAGCUAAAGACUGUUCGGCUUCGUUCAGUUUCUCGUGGAGACCUAGAAGACUGCCCUGAUGGAGCCUCUGACACCAUCGAAGAGGAACAGCAUGGCCGCGACAUAGGCGAGGAUCCCAGCCCACCACCCACUCUACCAAAACCUAAACCACCUGUUGCAGUCAAGCCUCCCUUACCUAAACGGCCAAUGAACCUUCUUUUCAAGUCUCCUUCUCCUUCCUCCACUUCCCCUCUGGCGCUUGACUCGCCUCCUGCCUCACCUGUAGACCGACCUGUGCCUCUAGGCAACAUCUACAAAGUCAUGAAAAAGCCAAAACCCAAAAAACCUCCACCACAAGCUCCAACAAAUCCCACUAUUCUGUCAGAUUCAAACUCUAUGAGUGCUCCACAAACUGCCUAUGAUAAAUCGUUCCUCCCCCUAUCCCAGUCCCUGUUUGAUCUCCCUCCUCUCCCAGACCCUCAGCCUCUCCUGGAAGACCCAGUUUUGGAGCCUGAAUUUGAUGUUGACCAAGAGAUUCGUCUUGGCCCCGAAGAUGGAGGCUCACUCCCUUCACCUUGCAGCAAUCAGGAAGCCCCAGAACUUCAGGACAAGAGCAAGACGCUACCCUCAAGGAUGACAGUCUCCUGUCUGGCAGAGCUGUCAGACAAAAAGAAACCCAAGGUUCCACCUCCAGUUCCCAAGAAGCCAAAUGUUCUGCUUCUCCCCACGUCAGUCCACUCCUCCACUAAUGGCAGCACAGACCGUCAGACGCCACAGACUGACAGCCCCGUGCGUCUUCGGUCUCCGGUAGGAACAUUCCCACCAGACGAUAUUCUCAAUGCUCCCAGUGUUCCCGACAUGCCUGAGCAAGAUGAGAACCACUUGGGAACAGAUGAAGAAAGUUCCAAAGAGUCAUCACUACAAUCCUCUCUUCAAGAUUCCUCUCUCACAGAGCUGGAAGGGAAGAUGGCUGGUACUGGAAUUGGGACAGAUGAACCAGCAGCCAGUGAAAAGACUGUAUUGCACAUCGAAGAGGAAACAGAUGACGACUUGUUGGCCAGCACACCUACAACACACACCACCGAAGACCUCUUCACUAUUAUACACAGGUCCAAACGAAAGGUCCUGGGUCGCAAAGAACCUUCCGACUCGUUUGGCAGUCGCCAGAGCUUGGUGUCACCGGUGAAGCACAGCACCAGCGGUAGCGACCUCAGAAAUCUAACCUUGGGCAGCAGCCAGAGGUCGAGCUCCCGCAACGAGAACUUCAUGGCCCUCCUUCAGAAGAAAGGCAACAAGUCUUCCAGUGGAGGAACCAGAGUCUCUGCCAUGGAGCUUCUAAAAAGCACAAACCCCCUGGCCCGACGUGUCACGGAGUUUUCAGCCAACAUGGCAUCGAAUGCCGAGGGAGGAGAGACAACGGCUGGGAACGACAAACCCAGCGAUCAGUGAAUGGAAGCGUCUACGCAGAUGUAAACCAGGUCUGUUUGCUGUCGACAAAGCUACCAACCAUUUCCAUGGCCUGCCACCCUAUGGGGGACGGGGCCAUCUGACAAACAUGUCCAACCAGAUUGCUCCAACUACUGGUUGACCAUUUGCACUGUCCAAUCAAAUUGGAGCACACCUUUGGACAAAAUGGUCCCUCCCACGGUUGGAGCACUGUUGGUCCGAGUCAAACCAGCCCCUCUAGGAAAGCAAGACAUCAAUGGAGAGAAAAGUAGGUUCUCACAAUAUAUUUAAUGAAAGUGGAGGUUUUGAGGUCAUGCUUCUAAACUGCACUGCACUAUCUUUUCCUCAUUGGGAAUUUGUUCAGUGUGGAGGCUAGUUGGGUGGAGCAGACACUGGGAAUGUAAAGAUACACAGCAGGUAUCUUUACUCCCGGGCUUCUUCCAGAUGAAUACAACAAAAAAAAACCCUGAUGACUACGGGGGAGUGUAUCUGAACCUGUGACCAUAUUAAUCCCAACCCCUAAAGAGGAAUCCGAUCAAUCCACAAAACAAAUGGAAUAAAAACACUGAAAAUACAAGACUUUAACACAAUUUACCCUCGAUUCUACCAAACCCCUUGGGCUAGCAGCAUUACAGGUCCAUCACCUGUGGACCACUGACAAAGGAAAUAUUCCCAAACCUUGGACCUUGUGGUUCCGUCUUCUCUCCACGGUGAAUGCGACACCACAGCAGCCCUCUCAGCUCCAGACAGACAGGAUUACAUAAAAGAGCAGGAUUUACAAAGAGAAACCACAAGGCGGGGGCACGCUUUUUGCCACCAAAGAUGAGGCAUGAGCAUACCACACGUGUUAUCGCUCGUGCUGUGAACACGAACACGGACCUUCACAAAGCAUUCCACAAAGGCGCUCGGCAAACGGACCACAUUUUUGGAACAUAAGCACUUUUUCCCCCCUUACUGGUGUCGCAGGUCGUUUACACGGCGCAAACGCUGCGCCGCUACCUUUUUCCUCAUCUGUUACUAUCUUUUCACUCUUUCUUUGGAUUCUUUUUUUUUUCUUUUUGCAUAUAUUUUUUCUUAAACGUACCCAGUGGCCAUAUACUGUACAUGUUAAACUGGAUCAUACUGUAAUGUAUCAUGUACAAAGAUAAAUGUAACGCAUCUAUCAACAACUAUCAUCCGCAGAAACAAAGACUAUAAAUAGUGUACAAAGCAGCAAGAAGAUUGGACUACAAACUGCCCACGCAGUGAGGGGAAUACACACACUCAAACACACACACACACACACACACGCAAAGACUGCCAAGCAAAAUGUUACUGAAGACAAACAAACAAAACAUGGAGAAAAAAAGAAGACCAAUUUACACACAAGUGUGUGUGUGUUCAUACAAAGAGUGUGAGGAGGAUAUCAUGCCUGUGGAGUUUCUGUACGGAGAGCAUGAAGCAGGCCUGCUUAUUAAACAGGGUUUUUAUUCAUUUUGGUCUCUGGUGUUGGGACCAAAGGACUGUUAAACACUACAAACAGACCAGAGGGGACCUAAAGGUGUGUG